GUCUGUUAUUGACAAACGACAAAACAACACAUGUUUUCACUGUUUUCUCAGGAAUUUGGAUUGUGUAUCUGAUUUACGCAUUUAAUUAAAGCAAAAAUGCCUAAAGCAAAGAAGAAAUUCAUUGAUAAGAAGAGGGCACUUACCUUCAAUUUAGUGCAUCGUUCUCAAAGGGAUCCGCUUGCAGCAGAUGAAACUGCUCCUCAAAGGGUUUUGGUACCUGUAAAUGCAACCGUACCGCCAAAAAAAGAGAAAGAUCCAGAACUCACACUAGAGCAGCGUAAAGAAGAGCAAAUGAAGUAUGGAAUAUUUUUUGAUGAUGAUUACAAUUAUCUACAACAUCUCAAAGAUACUCGAGAAGUCACUAUGGUGCUACAACCGAAAUCUACACAUAAAAGGAAAGAGAAAGAGCCAACAGCAAAUGAGACAGAUGAGAUAGAAACCACAAAAUCUGCAAUGGAAACUUUAAAACUGCCAAGUUCAGUGUUUGCAUCAGAAGUAGAGGAAGAUGUUGGCCUCCUGAAUAAAGCUGCGUCGCAAGGUUUAUGUCUAGAAUUAGACCCAGAGGUGGUGGCUGCUUUAGAUGAGGACUUUGAUUUUGAUGAUCCGGACAAUCAGCUGGAAGAUAAUUUCAUUGAACUUGCAAUGGGAGAUGAUGCUGGUGAUGAUGACGAUCAAGGAAGUGAUGGCGACAGUAUGUCAGAUGGAUGUAACUCAGAGAAAGCAUUCGCAUCUGAUCUAGAUUCCGAUGACGACAGUGAUCAACAGGAUGGCCAUAAAGGCAGGAUGCCUUCAUGGAACGAUAAGGAGGAAACUAAGUCUCGUUUCUCUCAGUAUUCUAUGUCAUCAAGUGUGAUUCGUCGCAACCAAGGCCUCUCUUUACUCGAUGGCAGAUUUGAAAAGAUGUUUGCUGAAUAUGACGAUACAGAAGUGGGAGCUUUGGAUUUGGAAGAGAUCGAAGGUUUUAUGCCGGAAUCGCACGAUAUGCUGUUGCGGGCCGCCGAAGAAUUCGAGGAGUCACGUAGGAGACACCAACUCGAGCGAGACAAGGAAAUCGCGAGAAUGAGGCGCCUCGAGGAGAUUUCUGAAGAAUCUGAUGAAGAAUUGAUGACAGUAGAAGUGAAGCCCAAACAACAAUGGGACUGUGAGAGUAUUCUGUCCACAUAUUCGAACCUGUACAAUCAUCCUAAAAUCAUAGAAGAGCCUAAAGUAAGUAAAAAGGUUAAAGAUGUCCGGCUCGAAGGACCAACUUCAUAUCAAACAUUUGUAAGUAAAACAACCAAAAUGGCGCGGCAAAUAUCACCAACUACUCAACAGAAUCAGACCAAUUGGAACUAUUUAAUAUCACGUCAUCGUCUUGGUUCCUGCAGUGUGAGAUGGACGCCUAAUACCUUGUAUUUUACACCUUAUGGCCAUUGAAACAAGAUUCAUUAUAGAUAUUUAUCAUAAGUUCGGUCAAUGUCAGAACUAGCUCUGAAAGAUUUAUGCACGACACAUUAUACGACUUUGAGUUUCUGUACAAAAAACGACUUGAAUCAGUUAUUUGCAUUAGUCUUUUUCUUCUUUUUAAUUAAUGGCGUUGCCCUAGUGGAUUUCGCCAGAAUCCAGUGCUUCGCUCAGUUUACUUAUUUUUUUAGUAUUUUAUAAAUGCUUUUUUUUUGUUAGUAGUGAAAGCCACAAACUUAAGCUUGUUGACGCAAAUUUCAUUCGUGUUAAAGAUGGGUUAUAAUAAAAGUGCGUUUUAAUUUUAGCGUCCCAAGAUACAAGUGAACGCGAAGACUGGAAUACCUAAAGACGUAUUAGGCAAAGACAACAAACUGACCAUCAGAUCAUUAGCAAAGUUCAACGCCCUCAACGAAUCAGCUGAUCACGAAGUGGACGAAGAAGGCAGAACACACGCGGAAUCCGUAUUAUCGACAUUAAGCGUAUUAUCUCUCAGGCCAAAAGACGAAACCGCCGAUGAAAAGAAGGAAAGAAAACGACUAUUGAAAGAAUACAGGAAAGAGAGGCGAAUAGAGAAGAAAGCCAAUAAGGAAGCAUUCAAAGAAGAGAAGAAACGACAAGAGAAGAUCAUGUUAAACAACAGAAACAAUGUGCAGGGCAACAGAAUAUGUUAAUUUAUUUAUUUCAAAUGAAAUUGAACUCAAACGCUGUUUGCGUUGAUAUAAAAUUUUGUUGUUUAGUAUAUUUGUAAAAAUCAUUCUCUAUUAUGCAGAUUUAUAUAAAUGUUU